GUGAAAUUUGUUUGGAUGUAAAUACACGUGUGAAUUGUUUUGGGAAUGUAAAUUUCAGAUAUCUUAGAAAAUUGUCUUAAAUUAUUUUUUCACAAUGAAAGAUAAGCCGGUUUCUCACAAAAAUCAAAAUACAUUUAAAUUCUUAACUUUUGCUGAGCGCAUCAGUAACAUAAAUAUUGAUGUUAUUCAUCAAAUUGGUAAGAUUUCUGCUUCUCCUGAUGAGGCCAAUACAUUCUUCCUGGAAGCAAUUGAAAAGUGGGUCGAUCUCAAUUACACACAAGAUUAUGGAGAGUUACAAAAAGAGAUUGGACCUGAAAUUCGAAAUUUAUCACAAAUUGUCUUUAGACAGGAUGAAAUUAUUGAAAUAUUGCUUAAGUAUUUAAAAAAAGAAGGCAGCUUAGCUUUGGAUGCUGUAUUGGAGUUGACUGUCGCUUUAGCAAGAGACCUGCAAUAUGACUUCUAUCCUCAUUUUCCUAAAUUUUUCUCUGCCAUCACCUUGCAUCUGUCUACAAAAGAUACAGAACUUUUGGAAAAACUGUUUACAUGUUUGGCCUAUCUUUUCAAAUUUUUAUGGAGGUAUAUGGUGAAAGAUAUGAAGAAUGUGUAUAGGUUAUUUUCGUCUUUGUUAAGUGAUUCAAAUAGGGAACACAUUAGGAUAUUUGCUGUUGAAAGUUUUGCUUUUCUUAUAAGGAAGGUGCAAGAUAAAGAAGACCUGUUUAGUUUCAUAUUUAAAGAACUGCAGUUAAAACCUGAGCAUUCAGUAGGAGUUGGCCAGCUCUUUUUUGAAGUAGUCAAAGGUGUGAAGGAGCAGUUUCACAGUUGCACAGAAAAUGUUAUGAAACUCUUGCUGAAAUUUUUAGGAAAUGAAGAUUUCACUGUGGACAUAAUUGAACAAGCCCUGCAACAAAUGUUACAGUCUAUGGCUAAGCAUACAAACCCCAAAUACAGUUUUACAGUGCAGAAAAUAUUUUGUGAUUUCAUAGAAGAGUUAAUAGGUCAGCUUGGUUCUGAAGAAAAUAAAAGGAAUCGUUUGAUUGAACAUCUGUAUAAAGUUUUACAUCUGUUUCUCUCAUGGAUAAAUUUCAAAAAUGGAAAAUUAAUUUCUUCAGAUAAAUGUAUUAUCGAGGUUUUGACCGACUUGUGUAGUGUAAAUUCCUUACCACAAUAUUGCAUGAAAUCUGUUGCAAAUAUAAUUUCCUCUGUAAUGAUUUCUGGAUGUGUGAACUUCCCAGUUGAUAAAAUUAAUAUGAUAUUGACACAGAUUUAUUCUCAGUCAGAAGAAAUUUUCUUUCAUUUCACAAGGAAUAUGUUUAAGUAUGGAAUGUUUGAAAAAGACCUUCUACCGUUGCUUUUAUCGUCUUGUAUGAAAUUGAUGUCAAGUGAUAAUGCGAGAAAGAAGAAAAGCGUUUUGCAAAUUCUAUCUGAAACUGUUACUUCUCUGAAGCCCAUUUUAACAUCUGGAAGUGAUAUCAAAUCAUUUACUAAACUGUAUUUGUAUGCCCCAACAAAAAACAGCAUGGGAAAGAAGUGCCUGUCAUCUGCUUCUGCCUCCACUGUUCUGGAGAAAUUUCUUAUUGAAACUCUAUGCUUUGAUGAACUAGCAAGGAGUAAUCUUCCUGAAAUUUGGGCUGCACUUGUUUGCUUACCUCAUAUUAGGUUUCUUAAUAUUGAAUAUGUAUCUAAGGUACUUCAGGAAUUAGCAGUAAAAAUGCAUAAAUAUUUACUGUCUACACAGUUUACUAACCUUGACCAUGCUGAAGAAUGGAGUUUUAUACUUUGUCAAGCAUAUUUUGUGUUCCUUGUCAUUACAGCAGAUUAUGAAAAAGAAAAUUGUUUUAAUACAAAAUUUUUCAUCGAUUUAUUAAAGAAACAUUCCAGAUCUCUUGGGGUUCUGCGCAUGGUGGACUUGCAUUUGAGAAGCUACAAGAAACUACCAUCUCUAGAAGAGUUAGGUAUAACAUGUGAAGAACUAACUUCAUAUGUCAUACCUAACUUGGCAUCUCCUUAUCAUUUGGAGCGAUUUUUUACUUUACAAAUAUUGAAUGCUCUUGAGUUGUCACCGACACAAUCUGAAGGCAGGUCUGAAUCUGUUUUGAAUAUCUGUAUUGAAGCUGAGAGAAUUCCACUAGAUGUACAAUCUUACAGAGAAAAAGUGAAAUGGCUCAGAAAAUUGGAAUACCAGUUUGUAGAAAAAAAUAUUCCUAUUAUAUAUGAUACACUUCUGAAGAAAGUUCCUGUAUAUUAUCUUCUAGGCAAUUUAUAUAUCAAUUUUAAAUUGCUAUGGGAUCCAUCUAUAUCUGUACUAGAAACUUAUGCUCAUGGAACAACUGAAUUAUUUUGGAAUAUCUUUGUUGAACAUUUGAAUAAAAUUACAGCAUUAUGUGAAACUGGAGAGAACGCUGAUUCAUCACGUGAAACAGGAAAUGAAAGUGAAACUUACAGUGCCUUUUACCAAAGUUUAACUAAAUUUUGCAAACGAGAUGAAAAUCCGGAUAUCAUAAAUCACCGUUUAUUACUGUGGAAAGCUAUGGCGCAGUUCCCAGAUGUAGUUGAGCCUAAGAACAAAACAGUUGUGCCUUUCUUGUUCCAGUUUAUGACAAAUGAAGUUGUAAAAGUUGAUACUUCAAUGGCUGCAACUGAAUCUGUUAACAAAAUGCAGUGGGAUGAAGACAUGAAUGAUGCAGUUAUGAAAGAAAAAUGCAUUGAAUCUGAAACAACUUUUCAAAAGCGAAAACGAUUGAAGCAGAAAACUCCUCAGAAGUCAAAAAAACUAAAAUCUGAAAGUGAAAAAGGACUCCUAAAUGAUACAUUAGAUAAUGAUGAAUCGAUAGAUAUGAUAGAUGCCAAUAAUGAAGAAGGAGAAUCUGAUUCAGAUGGAAAUGAGGAAUCUGAAUCUGAAGUUGAGAAUGAAGAAGAAGAAGAAGAAAUAGUUCAAGUUCCCCAAACAAAGAUGACUAAAACCUCUGCUAAAAGAAAGCGUCAUGUGGCUAAGACUCUUGCUGCUCUUUUAUCAGUAUUUGCAAAAUUUAAAAAUCCAAAAGCUAUCUAUAAGACUGAAGAACUACAAAAAUUGUAUAAUGAAUUACUCAGCUAUCAUGAUCCAGAUAUUCAGAAGCUUUCUUUUGAUUGCCUAAUGACAUAUAAUUACAAGUAUUUGGUACCAUAUAAAGAUAAUUUCUACAGAAUUUUGGAUAACAAGACAUUUAAAUCUGAAGUCGUAUUGUUCAGCUUAGAUACUGAGAAUCAUGUUAUUCAGGAACAACACAGGAUAAAUGUUCUACCAGUUUUGAUGAGAAUUAUGUAUGGGAAGAUGCUGUAUAAAACUGGUAAUAACACAACUGGAAAGUCACAAGCCCAAACAAGAAGAUCUCUUGUACUUCGCUUUUUGGCUGGAUGCAAAGCUGAAGAAUUAAAAAUGUUUUUUGAUCUUGUUUUCCUGCCUUUUAAAGAACAACUGAAGGAUGAUACACUGAUGGCAGUUAAAAAAGUACGAAAAAGUAUUGACCUUUCAAAUGUAGUUCCUAUUCGUAGGCAGCACAGCGCGUUAAAUACAUUAGGCCUGAUACUUCAGCAUUUAGGUAAUUUGAUUCCUGAACUGCUGUACUGGCUUCUCAAAGUAUUGCUGAUCAUCACAGCUACGAGUGUGACCCUUUUGGAAAAGCGAGAGGAAGUUCUACCUCAGUGUGUAACCCUUCUCAAAGCUGUUCGUAUACAAGCUGUUAUGAAAUUGAUACAAUUUUUUAAAUCUUUCCCACAAUAUGAUUUCAAACCUGAAGAAAUUGAUGCUGUCUUUGAAAGUAUAGUAUGGCCUAUAUUACCUCGUCUUGAACAUGAAUCCAUCAAUCAACCAUCACCAUUGCUUCGUCUGCUAGCAACAUGGAGUGAGAAGCCUAGGUACUUUGUUUUAUUUGCAAAAUAUCAUGAGAAUUCUGCAUCUUUAACACCCUUGCCUCAUUUAAUGGACUUAUAUUCAUGCCCACGUACAAAAUCAAGAGUUGUUGGUGUAAUAUCAAAAAUCAUCUUCCAGCUACUUACCAUUGAAAAUGAGACUUCUGAAGAAGAAGAAAAACUGCCUCCUCUCCAAAUAAAUUGCCAUCUCUCUUUACUGGAUGUAAUUAUCGAUGGAGUUCCUGCUGCUUUUGGAACAAAGCUUUUGCUUCCAUUUGUGGAUAAAAUAUUAUCAAGAAUUGAAAUGACAGUUUCGAUUGUGACUAAAAAGAAAGUCAAAAAAUCGAUUUCUACAAGGGAUUUGACUAUUCUAUUAAGAAUUAGCAAAUACGUGAAUGAUUCUUCACAGUGCUCAAAGCUGAUACAUUUGUUGAUACCAUUUUUUCAGAAGUCCAAAAUAGAUCCUGAUUCUGAAGUUCUUAUUCUGAAUACGAUUUCGAAUUUGAUUAAAAAAGCUGAAGAUAUUGAGGAUCUAACUAAAUUGCUUGCUCCUCUGUUUGGAAAACUAUCUAAUCAAAAUACACGCUUAGCAUUGUGUACAGUUUUUUCAACACUUGCUGAAAUUAAACCUGAAAUGCAUAAAAUGGCAUCAGUUAUUGAAAAGGUGAAUGCUUUUGACCCAAAUAUGGUAUCAGAGCCCAAUUAUCAAGAAAGACUGAAUGGACAUAAAGAAGCAUUGGAAAUUAUCAGAGGAAUGGACAAAACUAGUGUCAAUGAAGAUUUCUUGAGAAUUAUUAUAUGCAUCAUGUUAUUGCUACAAAAUUUAGUUAGAGUCUGCAAAUGUGAUGAUCUUGCUUUACGUAAUAGUGCAUCAUAUUUGCUUCAAGAAAGUGCCAAAGUUUUUGCAACAGUGAUGCCUGAUUUUCAAGAAUUAUGUAAUUUAUUGAUAUUUGAUACAUUGCUACCAGAAGUACAAAAAGGCUUAAAAUGCAGUCUUGAGGCAAUUCGUCAUGAGUUCAUCGGAAUACUGUCCACAGUUUUACACAGCUGUAAAGAUCAUCCUCGCUUGAAAGACUUGUUUGCUUUAUGCCAUGAAGACCCAGACCUUGAUUUUUGGGAAAACAUGCGACAUUUACAAGUUCACAGGCGUGCUCGAGCUCUUCUGCGUUUUUCUAAUCAUUUAAAAAACCAACAUGAACACGGAGAAAAGAUAACUGUUCAUUAUCUACUUGCCUAUAUGAUUCCAAUUGUAUCCUCCUUUCUUUUUGAUGAGGCAUAUCGAAAGCAUGUUCAUGUUGUUGAUGCUGCAAUUGAAACACUAGGCAGCAUUGCUAAUGUUCUCCCUUGGCAUCAUUAUGAACCCCUUUUGAAGAAUUAUUUGAAUAUGUUGUCUAAAGAUGCUGAACAUCAUAAGACUGUUGUGAAAAUUAUCGUGUCUCUUUUGAAUGCUUUUCAUUUUAAUUUAACACUGAAAAAAGAAAACUCUUCUACUUCUGUCCAUGAUGAAAAUAUAACUUCACAUGAUUUAACAGAGGAGAUAGAUAUGAAAGCUGUGUCAGCUGAAUGCUUUGAAACAGAUGUGAAAGAAACAGUAGAAGUUGUAGAAAAUGAUGUAAAUCAAGCCAAUGAUCUAACACCAGCUAUGGCAAAUAAAAUAUACAAUACCAUUAAAAGAAAUAUUUUGCCAUUAUUGCAUCGAUCAUUAAUGAGAAAGGCAAAGAGUGAUGAUGAACAUAAAUAUGCUGGGCAUUAUUAUCCAGAAGAUGAAGAAAUUUUACGUGUGCCUAUUGCUUUAGCCAUGGUUAAAUUACUUCAGAAACUGCCUCCUGGAAGUCUCGAGAAGAAUCUUCCUGGCUUAUUGCUUAAAAUGUGUGACUUGUUAAAAUCAAGAACUGAGAGCAUUCGAGAGACUACUCGAGAUACUCUUGUGAAAAUGAUGCAGUCUUUAGGGCCAAAGUACUUUCACUGCUUAUUGUCAGAAAUGAAAAGUGUGAUGAAGAAAGGCUAUCAGGUUCAUGUUAUGACAUUUACAAUAAAUACUGUUCUUGUUAGUCUGUCUGAUCAGAUGGUUUCUGGAGACUUGGAUGAAUCUGUUAAUGAUUUAACUGAGAUUUGCAUCAGUGAAUUAUUUAGUGAUGUAGCAGAAGAAAAAGAAGUAGCCAAAAUUACAAGAAAACUAAAAGAAGCUCGAAGUUUCAAAAGUUAUUCAAUAUUUCAAAUUUUGAGUAAAUAUGUGUCUGAAAAUCUACUAUUAGAACUCAUUGCACCCCUAAAAGAGGUUCUUGAAAGAAAGUAUAGUUAUAAAGCAAUGAAAAAAGUAUCUGAAUGCUUUCGUCACAUUGCACUGGGAUUGAGUGACAACAACGGUGUGUCUCCCAAAGGUCAUCUGAUAUUCAUUCAUGCUGUGGUUAAUGAAAAUGUACCAGGUCUUAGCCAAAAAAAGAAACCAGAAAUGCCCAAAACUUCAAAAUUCGUCCGUCCAGAUAUAUUCCUUGUUCCUAAAGAACCUGGAAGAAGUGGUCCUCCAGCUAAAAUAAAUAAAAGAACUAAUGCUCAUGUACUGGUAGAAUUUGGCUUACAGCUUUUUACUUUUUGUCUGAAGAAGGAUAAAAUAGAUAAGAAUACAAAAGAAGUUUUAGAAAUGCUGGAUCCUUUUGUUACACUUCUAUCAGACUGUUUGACAUCCAAUCAUAUAAAGAUAAUCUCAACAUCACUACGUUGCUUGUUGUCAUUAUAUAAAUUUCCUUUGCCAUCUCUGAAAACUGUAACAAAAGAUAUAGUCAAUGCUCUUUUCAUUCUGAUAAAUAAAUAUUCUGCUACAGGAAUGGGUCAAGGAGAAAAUUUUGAAAUGAUACUCAUGUGUUUUAAGGUGCUGACAAUUCUUGUUAGGGAUACUAGUUACCAUAAAUUAAGUGAUGAACAACUUCAUUCUCUGUUAAGUUACGUAGAACAGGAUAUAUAUGAUUACACAAGGCAAGCAACAGCAUUUUCUUUGUUAAAAGCAAUUUUAUCAAAAAAAUUAGAAGCUCCAGUACUGAGAGGAAUAAUGAUUAAAAUUGCUGAAAUGUCUAUUACUGCAGAACAAGAUUAUGUAAGGACACAGUGUAGGCAGACUUGCCUGCAGUAUAUUUUGGACUAUCCUCUUGGCAAACAGUUAGUGAAGACUAUUUCAUUUUUUAUUGCUCAAUUAGAAUACCUGCAUGAGCAUGGCAGAAUUUCUGCAUUUGAAAUGAUAAAUUCAAUGUUAGACUCCUUUCCAGAAGCUACAGUAAAGAAACAUUCAGCUCUCUUUAUGGUACCUCUUGCUGCUAGAUUAGUUAAUGACGAAUCUGCAAAAUGCAGAAAAAUGGCUGCUCUAUGUCUCAAGCAGUUAUUUCUUAAGGUUGAACAUGAUGGUAGACUGACAUUGUAUUCAAUGAUGCUUAACUGGCUGCAGGCCAAAAAGCUUUCACACAAGCGAUUGGGAACCCAAGUUUGUGGAAUUUUUGCAGAAGUGGAAGGGGAACAAUUUGAAAGUCACUUACAUGAGAUUUUCCCUAUAGUGACAGAACUUAUAGCUAUCAGAAAAAAUGAAGCAAAAAGCAAUACAGAUGAAAGAUGUGAAGAUCACUUUUUAUAUCAUCUUUUAAAUUCAUUAGUAAAAAUAUUGACACAUUGUCCUAUUAUUAAAAAAGAAGAAUUUUCUGAAAAAUUAAAUGUAAUAUGGGAGAAUGUUCAAGGGCUUAUUUUGCAUCCUCAUGCUUGGGUACGUUUUGCAACUAGUCAGUUAUUUGGACUUUUACUGUCAACUUAUACAGUUGAAGAAAUUUGUGGUGCUAUCUGCAGCAAGAAAAAAACAGUAUCUGUGUAUUUAAAUACCAAACAAAAGCUCAGAGACUUAUCAGCAGACUUUGCAACACAACUCCAGAGUCUUUACUUGAAUGUAGAUCAUGGUGAACAAAUUAUCAGGAAUCUGGUAUAUAUAGCUAAAGUUAAUUCAAAGCUCUCAGAACUCUCAGGUGAAAGCAUAAAUGAAAGUUCUGAAAAUGUGGAAGUUACAUUAGAAUGGAUUAUUCGGAAGCUCUGUCGUGAAGCGAAAAAAGAAGUUUCUGAUUCAGCCAAUAAAUCUGAAAGACGCAAAUGUGUUUUUAUGUUCAUUGCUGCCAUUGCUCAUGAACUUGGAAAAGAAAAGGUGUUCCCUAUGUUGAACAGUAUACUUGUGCCACUCUGUAGAGAAAUUUCUGAUGCUUCUGAACAUCCAGAUGAAGAUCUGAAAAAAACUGCCAAAGAAGUUUUAGAUCUCUUAGCAAAUAUCAUUGGCAUUGAAGAGUUUACAGCUGCUUAUGCUGAUGUACAGUCCUCAUUAUUUAAAAAGAAAAUGAAGAGAAAGCAAGAAAAAGCCCAGGAGGCUGUCACCAAUCCUCAAAGUUAUGCUCUAAAGAGAAUUAAGAAACAGAUUAAUAAAAAGAAAUCAAAAAAGAGAAGUAUAUUAAAACAAAAGGGGAAGAAGCCAAAGAAAACAACACUGUCAGAUCUAGUGUUUGAGAAGUGAAAUAAUUUGUAUCAUAAGUUAAAUUUGUAAAUACAUUUUUUAUAUAAUAAAUUAUAUUCUUCAUACACA